AUGCAUUUAAUUCAAGAUGAUUGGCGACUGGUCGUCUAUUACGACAUCAAUCCAUACUGGGAAGGCACUAAGGCGGCAAAUAAGUACAUACAAUAUCUACAAACCAUAUGCGCUACGAUAAAGGAUCAUUCACCUUGCGACGGUGUCAUGUAUCAAUUAAAUCACCAGUAUUCCGACCUACAACAAUACAAUAGCAAGUGGCUAGGUCAGCAAUUUGACGUAAACAUGCGUCAGCGCCGGCGACGCCGGGGUCUUAUUAACGGUAUAGGUAAUAUAGCAAAUUCAUUGUUUGGAAUAUUGGAUAGUAAUUUUGCAAAUAAAUACGAACAAGACAUUGGUUUAAUUAGAGAGAAUGAAAAACAUCUGAUUAAGCUAUGGAAAAAUCAAACGUCGAUCAUUGAAGCGGAAUUUAACCUUAUCAAAAGGGCUGAAUUUAUCAUGAACAAGUAUCAUAAAACAAUUAACAAAAAGAUUAUGGAGCUAAAUUCCUCUGUGAAUAUUCUCAGAUCUGAGCUUCAAAAUAAUUCGUAUAUUACAGAUUUUACUUUAUCAGCAAUGAUCACAAAUAACAUAUUACAUGAUCUUAGGAGCAUUCAAGAUUAUCUCCUGGACACUAUCACCGACGUGUUUCACGGAAAAUUCAGUGUACAUCUUCUCCAUCCCGAGCAAUUACAACAAGAAUUGAGUAUCAUAUCUACAAAUCUGCCCAGAGAUCUGUGCUUACCAAAUGACCACGCGGACCUAUCUAAAUUAUACAAAAUAUUAAAGGUUAAAGCACACCUAUCAAAAGAGUUCCUCAUAUUUGAAAUUCGGAUUCCAUUAAUCACAAGAGAUUCUUUCGAAAUAUUUAAAGUUUCUUUUUUCUAUUCCAAAACAGGCAGUAAAGAACAUGGUCAGCAUUUUACCUAUAAG